AUCUUUUUUACUAUUUUUUUGGUUAUUUGUUUUGGGUUAAUAUAGUAUUAAACCAAAAAAUGGGAGGUUCAUCGCCAUGUGCUUCUUGCAAGUUGUUGAGACGCCGCUGCGCCAAAGACUGCAUCUUUGCCCCUUAUUUUCCUUCGGAUGAUCCUCGUAAGUUUGCCAUUGUUCACAAGGUCUUCGGCGCUAGCAAUGUCAGCAAAAUGUUGCAGGAGCUUCCAUUACAUCAAAGAGCAGAUGCAGUAAGCAGUUUGGUUUACGAAGCAAAUGCAAGAGUGAGAGACCCAGUUUAUGGAUGUGUUGGGGCUAUAUCUUAUCUUCAGAAUCAAGUUUCGCAGCUACAAAUGCAGCUCGCGGUGGCUCAGGAGGAGAUACUUUGCGUCCAGAUGCAACAAGAGCCUGCUGAUGCUUUGCCGAUGACCAACCAGAUUGCCGAUCAUCAUCAAGACGACAAAUCCUUUCUUCUGUCAAAUAAUAAUACUACUAGUAAUUUCACUAGCAUUCCUCAAUAUCUUAAUUUUGCUUCUUCUAGCAAUGUAAUCCAAGAUCCUCAUAAAAGAGAGUCUCUUUGGACUUGA